AUGACGUUGUACAACAUCACCAUUCAUCCUUUGCGGCUGAAUGCUUACUUUUGCCGGCUGGGAUGUGUGUACGUCAUCCUUGUCACGCGUAAAGGCGUAGAGGUGGUGUCAAGCCCUGGAGUCUGCGCCGUUCCCGGCGAAGUGGAGUUCAGCACACCAGCCGAACUGGAUCGCACGCAAAGCUUUCAAGUUACUUUCAACUCACCAAAGGACCGUCGUGUAGUGAACUUUGGUGUGUACGAUAUCACCAAUCGCAAGCACAGUGCCAAACUCACCGGUUUUGAAAUUCCGCUGGCGGGGAUGUGCAGUGUGCUUGCAGGGGAAUCCAUGUGUGAAAAGAAGGCUGUCUCGUUCAGAAUUGCUGGCAGACCCGGUCGUUUGGAUGUUAUCUUUCGCAUGCAUCCAGUGGCAACGCCUCCUCCACCGUUAAGAACAAGUAUAUCCGCAUCAUCAGCAGCAGCGGCAGCAGCAGCAGCAGCAGGAGGAAGUGGAAGUGGAAGUGGAAAUGCAAAAAGUGCGGAUGGAUCACAUGCUGGUCGUCUUCCCGUCGGUGUGGUGGAGUCCCUCACGAAGGCUGGUAUGCUCUCCAGCGAAGUGGAGGUAGUUGAGAUGGAUAGCGACAUUGCACAGGAGAUUGCCGCACGUGUGGCACUUCUCUUUCCUAAUGAGGAAGAUUUACGGGAACGUGUGCAGGUGCUGGAGAGGGAAUUGGCACGAUUGGAGUAUGAUGCAGAGUACGCCGCAAAGGAUAAGGUAGCUACGGGUUCAGCAGCUGCAAAUGCACUUCGAGAAGAAACUCAAUAUUGGCAAAAAAUGGUGGAUGAAAUUAAUGCCAAGUCUGCCCAUGAAGCAGGUAUUGCUCCUAAUAUACCGGCAGCACCUAAACAUUCCCCCAGGCAACAAUCUGCUUUAAUAGCAGAGAUGGAAGAUCAGCUAUCUGCAGCUCAAGAAAAGUUACGUAAACUGGAGUCACUGCAAAGCCACCGGGAUGUAUCUAGUGAGGUUAUUCCCAUUCUUGAUGAGAUUGAACACAUUGAAGCCGUUCUGGUGGAGCUUAGGCGAGAUCAGGAUCAGACAAAGGCACCACUCGUCACGGAAGAAAAAACUGCCUAUGUGGAUCAGUGGGAUCGGCUGGCGGAGGAACUGUAUGACAGGGAAUCUAUGGUGGAGCAACUCCAACGCACUAUUCUCGCCCUUAACCGUUUACAGUUUGAGCCGUAUCCCGCCGGUAUUGAGGCGGGAUUUGCGGAAGAGGCACCGAAGGAACUUCCAUUCGUACGCGAUAAUAAACGACGAUUAUCCAAUCUCCCAGCAGCAACCACAGGUGGUACUGUAACCGCCACAGCCCCAACAACAACAGCCCGUGCACAAGUAGGUGGUACUACUAAAACCGCAAAUCUCUUGGAUGAUCUCUUUGGUGCUACUCCACCACCAGCCUCCCCAGAGGCAGAAGCGUCACCACAUGCAACAGCAACAAACAAUGCACCUUCCAAUGUGCAGACGACAGACGACAUGCUACCAGGUUUUAUACCUCCACCGGCCGCUUCUGUCGUUCCUGUAUGGGCACAACAACAACAACCACAAUCCCCGCAUGUAGUGCCUUCUCAGACAUCAACACCAGUGCCACCAACAGCAACGGGAACAAUUCCGAAUGUGGAUGUGAAAGAUAGUGGUCAAAAUAAUGUAUUGCAAAAUCAGGAGAAGUCUACAGAACACCCUCAAACAAGUGCUGAGAUAGCAUCAUCGCAGGGAGCAGAUAACUUAACUGGUACCCAUAACUCUGCUGCGUCUGUGCCUCCAGACCCACCAGUAACCCCAUCAUCAACUAUAUCACCUGAGUACCGGACUUUUCCACCGACUUCACCCCCAGCUGGGCAAGAGACAUCCUCCUUACAAACCGUACAGCAACCGCAACAAGAACAAAAAGAAAAACAAGAACAGGAACAGAAACAAGAACCUGUUGCGCAACCCCCGCAGCCUCAUAACGAAUCAGCCGGGUCUCCACCAUCGCAACAACAACAACAACAACAACACACGCUAUCCCCAUAUGGUUCACCAACCGCUCCAACGCCACAAAUGGGAACUCAGCCAGCUCAGCCUCAGUAUGGAUCAGCCGUGGCUCCACAACAACAACAACAACAACAACAACAGCAUAUGCAACCCCAAUAUGGUUCACCGGCCGCUUCAGCGCUGCAAACGGGAACUCAGCCAGCUCAGCCUCAGUAUGGAUCAGCCGUGGCUCCACAACAACAGCAUAUGCAACCCCAAUAUGGUUCACCAACUGCUCCAACGCCACAAAUGGGAACUCAGCCAGCUCAGCCUCAGUAUGGAUCAGCCGUGGCUCAACAACAACAACAACAACAGCAUAUGCAACCCCAAUAUGGUUCACCGGCCGCUUCAGCGCUGCAAACGGGAACUCAGCCAGCUCAGCCUCAGUAUGGAUCAGCCGUGGCUCCACAACAACAGCAUAUGCAACCCCAAUAUGGUUCACCGGCCGCUUCAGCG